ACUCCCGCCCUGUGCCGCAGGGGGGGAGCCCGGCAGCCCAUACCGGUGGCCGCCCCAGGCCGCGCCCAUCCGCAGCCCCCUCUCCCGCCGCCAGCGAAGCCAAGUUCCCCGGUCACGGAGUUUGGAUCCGGGGCCGGACCUCGCGGCCCUGGGCGGCGGCGCCAACGGGCGGCGCGGCGCGCUCCCCCCGGCCCGGCGCCGAGUGCGCCCUCCCCGGGCGCCGGGGCUGCGGGCGCUGCGCGCGGGCUGCGCGGCCGCGGGCGGGCGGGCGGGCGGGCGGGCGUUCGCCGUGUGCCGGCCGCGGGGGGAGGCGGGCUCCCGGGCAGCGUGCGCGGAGGAAGCCGAAGCCCGGGGGGAAGCAUGGAGCUGGCGGCUCGCGCUCAGAUCCCUAAAGAAGUGGCUGACAUCUUCAACGCCCCUAGUGACGAUGAAGACUUUGUCGGCUUCCGAGAGGACGUUCCCAUGGAAACCCUCUCCUCGGAGGAGAGCUGCGACAGCUUUGACUCGCUGGGUUCGGGGAAACAGCAGGAUGUGCGCUUCCGCUCCAAGUACUUCACAGAAGAGCUGAGGAGAAUUUUUAUAGAGGACACCGACUCAGAGACGGAGGACUUUGAGGGGUUUACGCAGAGCGACCUGAGUGCGGACAGUAGCCCGGAAGGAAAGCUCGAGGGGUCCGGUUUGAGCAAGGAUGGGAGUGAGGCCUUGGUGAGCGAGGAGGAGGGAGGUGACAAAGAAGAGGCGGGCAGGCCCAGGAGGGGCAGGCCCAGGAGGGGCAGGCCCAGGAGGAGCAGCCUCGGUCUCCGUGUAGCCCUGCAGUUCCCCAAGAAACCGGCCAAAGCAGCCGACAAGAAUGCUCCCGAGCCGCUGUUUCCCAGCGCUUGCUCACAGGACAGUACAAAAGCCAUUCUCCGGAGAAAGAAAAGCUGCAGACCAGGGAAGGAAAGGGAAGAUUCGGCCUCCGAGCCUGAAGAGGACUCCCGGGACGAGGAGGGCCAGGAGAGCUCGGACCCGCUGCUGAAACGGACCAUGAACAUCAAGGAGAACAAGGCCAUGCUUGCUCAGUUGCUGGCGGAAUUGAACUCGGUGCCCGACUUCUUCCCGGUGCGAACCCCGAGCUCAGCUUCCAGGAAGAAGACCGUGCGGCGGGCCUUCUCGGAGGGGCAGCUCCCCCGGCGCACGAACCCCGCCCGCAGCGCGCGGCCGCCCGAGAACUUCGCGCUGGAGAAGUUCACCGUCUCCGCCGCCCAGUUCACCGAGGAGCUGUACCGCUUCCGGAGGCGGAGGACCAUCAGUGGGGGGCGGUGCCAGGGGUACCGGCGGCGGCGGCACCGGGUGUCGUCUUUCCGGCCCGUGGAGGACAUCACGGAGGAGGACUUGGAAAACGUCGCCAUCACUGUCCGAGACAAAAUCUACGAUAAAGUUCUGGGCAACACGUGCCAUCAGUGCCGGCAGAAGACCAUCGACACCAAGACGGUGUGCCGGAGCCAGAGCUGCGGCGGCGUGCGGGGGCAGUUCUGUGGGCCGUGCCUGCGGAAUCGCUACGGGGAGGACGUCCGGUCGGCGCUGCUGGACCCGGGCUGGAUGUGCCCGCCCUGCCGGGGCAUCUGCAACUGCAGUUACUGUCGGAAGCGCGACGGCCGCUGCGCCACGGGGAUCCUCAUUCACCUGGCCAAGUUUUACGGUUACAACAAUGUCAAGGAGUAUCUGGAGAGCUUACAGAAGCAGCUGGUGGAAGACAAUUAGGAGGAAGAGCCACUGGCCAACUGACCUUUGGUUUUCCAGCAAGACAUGCCCUAUGUACCGUUUGUGCCUACGCUUUCUUACCAUUGUGUUUUUAUAAAGAAAUUCUUUGUAGAUCUAAA